UCGACUCAUCAGUCAGCAGUGGUCUAAGUACAGUCUUUUGUCUUUCCUCGGAAGAACUGACAAUUAUUAUAAUCAUAGAUUAUUAAUUCAGACUAUUUGGAUUUUAAUUUUUUUGCAAAUUCAAAUUGUUUUUAUUAAGUAAAUCCCACUGCUUUGCGCAUUUCUUGUGGAGUAUUUUUAGUGUUUUUAUUUUUUAAAAAUAAAUUAACGGAAAAUGAGCUUUUUCAAAAAGAAAACCCUUAACUCUAGUUGAUUUUUGGUUUCUUUUUUAAGGAUCUUUUGUGUUGGGUGUGACUUUGUGGGAUUUUUCUCUCUUUUUUUUUUUUUUAUAUCUGCAAUGUCGGUUACACAAAAAAAAAUCUCUCUUUCUUUUUAGUAAAUGCUAAAAUAGAAGAGCAAAAAACUUGUGAAUCAUUAUUGUAAAUGCUCUUUCUGGGGUUUUAGUUAAAAAAGAACCCCAUUUUUGAAAGAUCAUUGGGGUUUUUUUUCUUAAUGGGGUUUAAUGGUUGAUUCUAAAAGAAAUGCACUUUCAAGGGCCUUUCUUUUUUGUUUCACUUUCUGCUGAAGUGAUUGUUUUUUUUUGUAGGGGAAAUGGCUGCUUUUUUUACUGUUUUAAAGCUUUUGAUUAUGUAUAAACUACAUUGAAAGCUGUUGUUUCAGUUCAUCUUUAGUGUUUAAGAAAAAAAAAUAUUUUUUAGGAGAUGGAUUUCUUGAAAGUUAAGAAGUUUAGGAAAGCUCAUAAGCCAGACCCUGAAAAGGAUUUGGAGAAUAUCAAUGAUAGUGGUGGUGGUUGUGGCGGCGGCGGCGGCGGUUCUGAUGGUGGUGGUGACAAUGAUGUGAAGAAAUCAUCCAAAGUUGACAAUGGUGUUGAAGUUGAGGAUGAUGAUGAUGAUGAUUUUAUAACCAAUGAAGUGAAAAGGAGAUUAAAAGAACUUAGAAAAAACAGUUUUAUGGUACUGAUUCCUGAGGAGGAAGAAGAAGAGUUGUACACCGAGGAUGACGGAGAGGAGGCUGGUGGUGAGACGUGCUCCAGUGAAUGGAGGGAUGUCGAAGCCGAAGGUCGACAAUGGUGGGGUGGAUUCGAUGCUGUUUACGAGAAGUAUUGCGAGCGUAUGUUGUUCUACGAUAAGAUGAUUGCACAACAGCUCAAGGAAGCUGGCUCCUCAAAUCCUUCAACUCCAUCCCCGAAAUCUGAAAAUAAGAAACUUCGGUCCCCCUUGAGUUGCCUUUUCUUGAAGAAGAUCGAAGAACCUGAUGAAGAAGCCGAGCAACUACAACAGUCUAUUAAUAACCCAUAUCAGGAUCUCGAAACAGCAUAUGUUGCUCAAUUUUGCUUAACAUGGGAGGCGCUUCAUUGCCAAUACUCGCAACUCAGUCAGAUAGUUUUGUGCCAACCUGAGAAUCCCAUCUGUUACAACCACAGUGCUCAGCAACUUCAACAAUUUCAGGUCUUAUUACAAAGGUUUAUCGAAAAUGAACCUUUUCAGGAUGGUCCCAGGUCAGAAAUCUAUGCCCGAGCUCGAAAUAUUUUACCUAAGCUUCUUCAAAUUCCAAACAUUCAAGGUUCAGAUCGGAAGGAAAAGGUGGAAGAAGAAUCGGAUUAUUCGGUCCUUGCCCCGGAUAUCAUCCAGAUUAUUGAGUCCACAAUCUUGGUAUUCCGACUUUUUUUAAAAAUGGACAAUAAAAAACAUGGUAGUUUUCGUAACUUGUUUGGAAACCAGAACCCAAUGGCUACCCCUCUUCAACAAGUUCAAUCUUUAUUAGAGAAGAAAGGUGCAAAGCUGAAGGAGCUGUGUAAGAAACGGAAAGGAUGGAAAAAGAAUACGUGGCCAAUAUCGCACGAGGAUGUUCCGUUGUUGUUUGGGCUUAUUGACAUUAAAAUAAUAUCAAGGGUUCUUCGGAUGGGAAGGAUAAGUAAAGAGGAGUUGUUUUGGUGUGAAGAGAAGAUGAAAAAGCUUCAUUUUUGUGAUGGGAAAUUGGAGAGAGACCCUUCACCCAUACUUUUCCCUGUUUUGAUGAAAGGUUAGGUGUUGUGUAAAGCUAUGUUACUUUUUCCCUUGUUUUGAUGCACAGUUUGCUACUGAUUUUCUCUUGGUUGCAACUCAUUCGACUUUUAUGUUACUCGGAUUUGGAAGUAGAUAUGAUAUGGACUUACGUUAUUUGGAUUUGAGGGUCA